AUGUCUGCAAGGCGGCCGAUCUAUCUGAACCCCGCCUCAGGCGAGCGCUGUGAAUGUCCUCCGGUUGCAGGCCUCGCCGAGUUUCACCAAUCGCUGCCAAACUACGCCCCGACCCCUCUGGUUUCUUUGCCUGAACUCGCCACUGAGCUCGGUAUCCGUGCAGUAUAUGUCAAGGAUGAAAGCAACAGGUUCGGACUUCCGGCUUUCAAGGCUCUCGGUGCAUCGUGGGGCUGUUUCCGAGCUAUCGCCCGCCAAGUUGGCCUCUCGAAGGCAGCCUCUUUAGAAGAGGUUUCUAUCCGAGCUAAAGCGAACUCAAUUAUAUUGAUCGCGGCCACGGAGGGUAACCAUGGAAGAGCAGUUGCAUUCAUGGCCCGGUUGAUGGAAAUCGAGGCGCGGAUCUUUGUUCCUCGCUCUAUGGAUACGUCUACGCAAGGUUUCAUCGCGGGUGAAGGGGCUCUCGUGUCUGUUGUUCAGGGGUGCUAUGAUAAGGCAGUGCAAGAAGCAUAUGAUCAGGCAGCCCAGACUAAGCAUGCACUUUUGAUUCAGGAUACUGCAUUUGAUGGGUACGAGGAUGUCCCUGCCUGGAUUGUGGAGGGAUACUCGACUAUGAUAAAUGAGGCUGAAGAGCAGCUCUCCCAACUCGGGUUGUCUGCCAAUGUGGUGGUAAAUCCAGUUGGCGUCGGGAGUCUUGCACAUGCGGUCGCAAGACAUUGCAAGUCUAGGGAAGCACCUGUCUCGGUUGUUGCCGUUGAGCCGGAUUCGGCUCCUUGCCUCUCGUCCAGUUUGCGUGCUGGGAAGUCGAUUCCAGUUCAGACUUCCGACACUAUCAUGGAUGGAAUGAACUGUGGGACUGUCUCAUCCACCGCUUGGUCUGAUCUGCAGCGUCUUGUCGAUGCAUGUGUCACCGUGUCGUCCUAUGAGAGCCACUGUGCAGUUCAGUAUCUCACUUCCAAGUCGGUGGCUGCCGGUCCUUGCGGUGGUGCGUCUCUAGCUGCACUCCGCCGUCUGGCUGCAGACGAGCAGCGGUCCGCCCUUCUGAACGAAGGUUCCGUUGUAGUUCUUCUAGUCACCGAGGGCGCACGGAAGUACUCGAUCCCACGAGACGUUUCCAUGGAAGAUACAGUGAGCUUGACGCAGGCACUCACCCAAAUCAAUUCUUCUAACCCUACUUUGUCCGUGGCCGAUGGCGUGGGAGAGAGUGAGAUUGCCGAUUAUCUAUCCGCAUGGUUCGCCCAUCGGGAUAUCAAAUUCCAUCGCGUCGAGCCAAUUGCCGGACGACCUUCAAUUGUUGGUGUUCUCUAUGGAAGCGGAGGGGGUAAAUCGAUCAUGUUCAAUGGUCACAUCGAUACGGUUAGCCUCACCAGCUAUGAGAAGGAUCCCCUGUCAGGUUAUCUGCGAAUGAAAGACGAUAAGCAAGCAGUCUUUGGAAGGGGUAGCUUGGAUAUGAAGGGUGGCCUUGCUGCGGCUCUUGCUGCCAUGGCGUCAAUCAAGGCUAGUGGCCAGAUUCCUCGUGGUGACAUAAUUGUUGCAGCAGUGUCCGACCAGGAAGAUGCCUCUCAGGGAACUCAAGAUACUAUUGCAGCGGGGUGGCACGCCGAUGCAGCAGUUGUCGCCGAGCCUACCAUGCAGGUCAUCGCGACAGCGCACAAGGGUUUCGUCUGGGUUGAGGUCAAUAUUUUAGGAGUCGCUGCCCACGGCUCCGACCCAGUUGCAGGUGAAGACGCCAUCCUCCACGCAGGAUGGUUUCUACGAGCCCUUGAGCAAUACCAAGCCCAGCUUCCCAUUGAUGAUCUCUUGGGCCAGGCCUCUAUGCACUGUGGUUUAAUUCGUGGUGGGCAAGAGCCAUCUUCGUACCCUGGAAAAUGCACCAUCACGCUCGAGUUCCGUACCGUCCCUACUCAAACGGAAAAAUCUAUCUUGAAGGACAUGAAUGAUCUGCUGCAAAGUGCGGCUUUCGAAAACCCUCGUUUCAAAUAUGAAGAGCCUCGUGUGACUAUGUCUCGGCCAUCAACAAAACUUGCAAGUGACCAUCCUUUUGUGGAAAAGGCUGUCGCUUGCGCAUCUAAUGUUCUUGGACGCAGUCCUGCGGUUCAAAGCAUGCCUUUCUGGUGCGACGCUGCUUUGUUAAAUGCAGCUGGGAUCCCGUCAAUCGUGUUUGGGCCUUCUGGCGAGGGAUUACACAGCAAAGAGGAAUGGGUGGAGGUCGAGAGCUUAAACCAGAUGGAAAGGAUUUAUAGAUAUUUGGCAUUGGAUGUCUGUUGCUGA